CCUCUCGGGAUUUCGGGCCCCCAGCCGUGGGGGGGCGUGGAAGUACGGGGCGCGAGAGGGGUCAGGGCGCGCCAGCCUUCCGCGGAACGUUCGCCCUUCCGGGAUUCCCUCCGCCUCCGGGGGCGGGGGACAGAGUGAGACGGAGGGGCUCCUUUCCGCCCCCUCCUCCUCCUCCUCCUCCCCGGCUCGGCUCGGGACCGGCUUCCUUGCACCUGCCUCCCCUCCCCACCUGCGGAUGGGCUCGGCUGCUGCGGGCUUGGGGCGAGGGAACCCCCGCGGCUGAGCUCGCCUAAGCGGUCGUGCCCGGCGCGGUUUGCCUUCCCGCGGGCGUCCCCCCGAGUUUGGCCCGCUCCCCGCAGGCAGAGCGCAGACGCCUCGCCGAUGGCGCGUCUGGGGGCCGCGUCCGGGGUCACCUAGCAAAGUUCCGAGGCCGUCAUCCCCUCCCCCCAGCCUGUGAUUUCGGGCGCGCAGGUAGUAAGCGGAGGAGCGCAAGUUUAGGUCUGAGGCACGAUGGUUCGGCGAGCAGAGGUCCGAGAAUGAGUCAAGAGGCGGGAGGAGAGCUUCUGCUCCCCCUGAGGUCGGAGCGCCGGAGAGUCUUAGGGAGGCCAUGCGAAGCCGCCGGUCCUUAUUGCUGGGGCCAGCACGUCUAUGCUUUCGUUUGCUUCUCCUCCUGGGCUACAGACGCCGAUGCCCACCAGUACUAAGGAAUCUUGUGCUUCGUUGGCGCUAUGGAAAAGUCUGUCUGCGUUCUCUACUCUACAACUCCUUUGGGGGCAGUGACACUGCCAUUGACUCUGCUUUUGAGCCUGUGUACUGGCUUGUGGACAAUGUGAUCCGCUGGUUUGGGGUGGUCUUUGUGGCCCUGGUGAUUGUGCUGACAAGCUCAAUUGUGGCCAUUGCCUACCUGUGUGUCUUGCCCCUGAUCCUCCAUACUUAUUCAGUGCCCCGAAUCUGCUGGCAUUUCGUCUACAGCCACUGGAACCUCAUCCUCAUUGUCUUCCACUACUAUCAGGCCAUCACCACACCUCCUGGAUACCCUCCCCAGGCCAAGACUGACCUUGCUACUGUAUCCAUCUGCAAGAAGUGCAUUUACCCCAAACCAGCACGAACACACCACUGCAGCAUCUGCAACAGGUGUGUGCUGAAAAUGGAUCACCACUGCCCUUGGUUGAACAACUGUGUGGGCCACUACAACCACCGGUAUUUCUUCUCCUUCUGCUUCUUCAUGACUCUGGGCUGUGUCUACUGCAGCUUUGGCAGCUGGGAUAUGUUCCGGGAAGCUUAUGCUGCCCUUGAGAAAAUGAAACAGCUCGACAGGAACAAACUACAGGUGGCUGCCAAUCAGACGUAUCACCAGACCCCACCACCCACUUUCUCCUUCCGGGAAAGGAUGACUCACAAAAGCCUGGUUUACCUAUGGUUCCUGUGCAGCUCUGUGGCACUGGCCUUAGGGGCUCUGACAGUAUGGCACGCUGUCCUCAUCAGCCGUGGGGAGACCAGUAUCGAGCGGCACAUCAACAAGAAAGAGAGACAUCGGCUCUCCCUAAAGGGCAAAGUAUUUAGGAAUCCCUAUAAUUAUGGCUGCUUAGACAACUGGAAGGUAUUUCUGGGUGUGAACACAAGAAGGCACUGGCUCACGCGUGUCCUUCUGCCUUCCAGUCAUCUGCCCUAUGGGAAUGGGAUGACCUGGGGCCCUCCUCCCUAUGUGACAACAGCCCCAGACUCUGUGCUGGCUGUGUGAGCCUCCAAGGCUGGUCCUACCUAUGUGGUCUCAAGGAGUCGGAGAUCUCUUUCAAUCUAGAACAAGCUCUGGGUAGGGAGAUCUUUGGAACCAUGAAGCAAAAGAAGUCAUUUGGACUGGCUUCCUGCACCUGUACCACACACAAUGCUGUGAGGUCACCCUUGGGCACUGGGAGCAGUGUGACAUGGAGAACUCAGCAAGGCUAAUAAUGUCCCUUUUACUCAGGCUAACAAGUUCAGUAUCCGUGUUGCCAGGAUUCUAGAUGGGGAUGUGCCCUAAGGUACAAUUGUUAGACACCCAGUCUGGGUUCCAGCAUGGGUAUUGUGUACCAUCUCCCCUCUGAUGGAUGGGAAAAGAGCUGACAGGAUAGACCCCUGGGCUCUUACUGAGGUCACUGCCACUUUUCACACUCUGCUUACUGCAGAAAUAAAGGUAUUUCAUUUUGUAAAGACUGAA